AUUUUUGACCCGCCGGAGGAAGUGGAGAGGAAGGUGCAGGAGCUGGCAGAGCUGAUCAGGAGUUCCUCCAACGUGGUGUUUCACACGGGGGCAGGAAUCAGCACCGCCUCGGGGAUUCCCGACUUCAGGGGGCCCAAUGGUGUCUGGACUAUGGAAGAGAAGGGGCUCUCCCCAAAAUUCGACACCACCUUUGAGAAUGCCAGACCCUCCAAGACUCACAUGGCGCUGCUGGGGCUGCAGAGAGUCGGCAUCUUGAAAUUCCUCGUCAGCCAGAACGUGGAUGGCCUUCACGUGCGUUCCGGAUUCCCACGGGACAAGCUGGCCGAGCUCCAUGGGAACAUGUUUGUGGAAGAGUGUGUGAAAUGCGGCAAGUACGUGAGCCCCGAGCCCGGGGAAGGUGUCGGCGGG